AUGAAUUCGCACACAACACCACGCCCUGCCUUUCCCGUGCGGUCAAUAGGCGGCGGUGGCUCAAGUCACCCGCCUCAGUCCCGACAACCGGUGGCUCCUCAAGUUUCAUCCAACGAAGAAUACAGCACCAUUCCCGAGGAGGAUCGCGAGCACAUUGAUGAAGUUUUUGACCUCAUGGACAUGAAAAAGAAGGGAUGGCUCAACAGCUACGAGUUUAGGCACUCGCUAGCAGCUCUCGGGUUCGACAUGUCCAAGCCCGACUACUUCAGAGAGCUAGAAUCAUACGGCACCGUGCCUCCAGACUGGCAGGACCCCCACAGCUGUCCCGUAAACCGCCUCUACGUCUAUCUCGACCAGUUCAGGCUAUGCGCCGCCAAGUUAUUAGCCAAUCGAGAUCCUCGACAAGAAGCGACAAAGGUGUUCAACAUGUUUGACUACGAUGGAGACGGCAUAAUAUCCUUUGAGGAUAUGCGACGCUUGGCCUCGGACAUUAAAGAGGAGAGGACAAUGACGGACGAAGAGAUCCAAAGCAUGAUUGAACAUCUAGACCACGAGGGCAAGGGCGGUGUCAACCUGGAGGAAUUCAUCCAGAUGAUGGAGGAGGCUGGGUAA